AUGUGCGACGCCUACGUUGCCGCGGCGGGAUGCGGAAAUGCCUGCAGCGGCGCGACACCGGACUGCGAACCCUGCAUGUCCGAGAUCCACCAGUCCUGCCCGGCCGCCUGCAACGAGGGCUGCACCAGGAACUGCGUUGGCCAGUGCGACUGCGCCGGCUCAUGCAGCCAAGCCUGCGCCGAAGGCGCCCGGCGUACAUGUCAGUACAAGUGUGUCUACUCCUACUACGCGGUCAAAUCAUGCCACGAAUGCCAGGACAGUGCACGCACGCGGUGCACCGAUGCCUGCAACACCGACUGCAAGGCCAACUGUGUCAGCGGCUGA